AUGGAGCAUAAUCACAUUUUCAACACCGACAGUCCCCUUCCCUCCCAUGAUGGGGAGCACGCUUGUGGUUUAGAAUAUGUACGUGUUGCCUACUACAGUCUUCUGCUGUGCUUAGGUUUACCAGCUAACAUUCUGACGGUAAUCAUCCUCUCGCGAUUGGUGGCUCGGAGACAGAAGUCCUCCUACAAUUAUCUCCUGGCACUAGCUGCUGCUGAUAUACUUGUCCUUUUCUUCAUUGUUUUUCUCGACUUUCUGCUCGAAGACUUCAUUCUGGGCCGACAGCUCCCUCACGUAUUGGACAAAAUAAUUGGAGUCCUAGAAUUCUCUUCCAAUCACACAUCUAUUUGGAUAACUGUUCCUUUGACCAUUGAUAGAUACAUUGCUGUAUGCCAUCCACUGAAAUACCAUACCGUGUCAUAUCCUGCACGUACUCGGAAGGUGAUACUGAGUGUGUACAUCAUCUGCUUCUUGACCAGUGUACCAUAUUACUGGUGGCCCAACAUCUGGAGUGAAAGUUAUACAAGUACUUCCAUGCAUCAGAUCCUGAUCUGGGUCCACUGUUUUACUGUGUACUUGGUGCCAUGUUCCAUUUUUUUUGUUCUGAAUUCAAUUAUUAUUCAUAAACUCAAAAGGAAAAGUCAUUUUCGCAUGAGGGGCUACUCCACAGGGAAGACAACAGCUAUUUUGCUCACGAUUACCACCAUAUUUGCAAUACUGUGGGCACCAAGGAUGGUGAUGAUCCUCUAUUACGUUUAUGUAUCACCAAUAAAUAAUGGCUGGUUAGUGCAUAUAGCAUCAGACAUCGCGAAUAUGCUUGCUUUGCUAAACACUGCCAUCAAUUUCUUCCUUUAUUGCUUUAUCAGUAAACGGUUCCGUACUAUGGCGGCUGGGACACUGAAGGCCUUCAUUAAGUGCCAGAAACAGCCAGUACACUUUUAUACAAAUCACAACUUUUCCAUCACCAGCAGCCCGUGGAUCUCUCCAGCCAAUUCCCAUUGUAUCAAGAUGCUGGUGUAUCAAUAUGACAAGGAUGGCAAACCACUAAAGAUAUCGCCUUGA